ACUUUGGCCAAUGGACUCCCUUCCUGAAGAAAUAUUCUCAACCAUCAUCUCCUUAGUCUGCGACGGCUUGGACCCGGGAGAAGACACAUAUGGACUGCCUCAUCUUGCAACUGUAUCCAGGCGAUGGCAGUGCACCAUUGAGAACAGGACAUUCCGCGAAUUGACCCUGAAUAGCCGCCAGCUGCCAGAGCUAAGCAAACGCUUUUCCGGUCCAUUCCUCAAGCACCGUGCUGUUCUGGUGAGGUCUAUCGAAUACCACAUUGAGCUUCCUUGCUGCAGCGACGAGAAGGUUCACCAGCGCGCGACGGAGCAAGAUGUUCAGGAGACCAACGUCGCAAUAUCAAAAGCUGUUCGGGAUUUGUUCGAUUUCCUGCUACUCCUGGACCAAGCUCGUCCGAACGGCCCAAGCCUUGCGCUGGGCAUAAUGAGUGUCAAGGCCCCAACAGAUGGAUCUCUUCAAGGGCAAGAUGAAGACCGUUUCAUUGACUGCGAGCAUCGACCUGUACCGCAAAUGAGCUAUUAUACGUAUUGGAGCUUGCGAUGGCGGUACAAAAUCCUGAGCCUGCUAGAAAUUGAUGAACUGCCCGAGAUAUCUUGCGUAACACUCUUUGAGGCACGCCCAACCGGGGAAUUGGGUACGCACAGCAUCGAAAUUCCCGUGUCUGGAAACUCUGACCUUCGAAUUUCGAGAGUUUCGCGCCUGGGGGAAAGAAGUGAGGAGGACUUUGAGACGAGACUUCGCAGACGCUCUUCUUGAGCUGAUAAGCCG